CUCAGCCAUGGGCCAAAAGAGCGCACCGCCGUCGCCACCACCAUGACCGGGAGGCUAGGGCUGCUGCGGACCAUGGGCCGGGCGCGCACCGCCGCCGCCGCCGCGCCGCCGCCCCGACUCCAGUGCCGCUCUCGCGUCACGCUGGCGACGGGCGCGCUGCGCGAGGAGCCGCCGCGCAACCGCCUGGCGGUGAUCGGCGCCUUCUUCACCGUGCUGCCGGGCCUGCUGAUCGGCGCCAGCAUCAGCAAGAACAUGGCCAGCUUCCUCGAGGAGAACGACCUCUUCGUGCCGGCCGACGACGAUGACGACAUGUGACGCGCCCCUGUCGGUGGCGACUAGCCGAGCCGACGCGGCCGAGCCCGCUUCGUCCUCCUGGUCACAGCUCGUCCGGGCUGCGUUCUCCUCGUCGCAGCUCGUCCGGCUGCGUCCUCCUCGUCCCAGCUCAUCGCGGCCGGCGGGCCGAUGCAUACCAGCCGCUGAAUGAUGUGGUGUGGACUGGGCGGUGCAGCGCCACGGGAGACGGUUUACAAUAACGUGACACGAGCGUGCUUGGUGUGAUGGCGUGGUCCCGGCUGAUGGCGAGUCAGCUUUAUCUGUUGUGAAAUUGUUUGUGUUUUGUUCACCAUAAUAUAUGACUGGAACGCGUGGA